GUUGCUGGCUUUCUGUGUGUAGCGGGCGGCGUAAAUAUGUACACAAACAUACAUACACACAGCACACACGCACAAGCGUGGGCUGGCCAAUUAUGUGGGUGUGCAGGUGUGUACAGAUGUGUGGAUGUGCAGGUGUGCGUGUGUUUUUCGCCCGAGAAUCAAAAUCAAAAGCAAGGCUGUCGAAAAGGCUUAGCACAUAAUGCAAUUUAGUCGGCGGUCGCCAGUCGCCUGAGAUAACGGGAAGACAUUAGAACUCAUUGGACAAUGUCGGCGGAAAGCGAACAACCGAUUUUCACUUGCCAGGCGCACGUCUUCCACAUCGAUCCGAAGACGAAGCGGACCUGGAUCACGGCCAGCAUGAAGGCAGUCAACGUGAGCUUCUUCUACGACAGCUCGAGGAAUCUUUACCGCAUCAUUAGCGUCGAGGGAACCAAAGCGGUGAUUAACUCGACGAUCACGCCCAACAUGACCUUCACCCAGACCUCCCAAAAGUUCGGUCAGUGGAGCGAUGUGCGGGCGAAUACGGUGUACGGAUUAGGAUUUGCCUCAGAGGCGGAGUUGACCAAGUUCGUGGAGAAGUUCCAGGAAGUCAAGGAGGCCACCAAGAAUGCCAUGAAGUCGGCCAACGGCUCUAAUGCCGUUACGCCCACCACCUCGGCCAACACAUCGCCCAUUUCUGGACGAGCUGUAGGCUCCAUGCAGAACGAUAACACAGCCAUUGAUCCGCACACUGUGGAGCCGCCAAACCUGAGCAACACGAAUACCCAAAACGCCAAUCCGGACAGUCCCUCCCACAAGCUGCUGAACACCAGCGAUGUCAAGGCGGAUAUCGGAUCGGCCACACCUUCGCCUCAGCCCACUUCGGGCGGAACUGCAGUUGUGGGUGGUGGGGGAGUGACCAUCUCAUCGGGAGGCAGCAUUGUAGGUAUGCACACGGGACCGGGAGCGGGUGCCACCGCAGAGCAGCAGCUGAAGUACGAAAACGAGCGCCUGAAAAUGGCUCUGGCACAAAGCUGCGCAAAUGCCAAAAAGUGGGAAAUCGAGCUGGCCACCUUGAAGAACAAUAACAUACGCCUGACAAGUGCUCUGCAGGAAUCAACUGCUAACGUAGACGAAUGGAAGCGCCAACUGCACACUUAUAAGGAGGAGAACAUUCGCCUGAAGCGGGAUAUGGAGCAGAUUUGCGCGGGCGCAGGUGGUGUGGCUGCAACCGGAGGAGGAGGUGCCGCGGAAGAUGAAUUACGUCGAGAGGUGGCCUCGCUCAAAGCGCGAACAGAACAAUUGCAGAAGGAACUCUUGCAACAGGAAAUUGAGCUUAAGUCGGCCAACCUUAGCCUACGCGAAAAGUCCAAUGAUCAGACGCUGGCCAAGCUGAGCGACUUAAACGUGGUGUUCGCCAAGCAACUUUCGGAGCUGUAUGGGGUGCAGAAGGAUAUGGAGAGUGUUAUACAACUCGCCAAGUGCACUUGAGACACAGAGUUAGCGGCUAUGAGAAAGGUUUCAGCGCAGGAACAGACUACAAUGAUAAACACUACAACGACAUCAUCGACAACCACAGGAAGCACGACUAGUAAACAUUAUUUAAGCAACUUUCCAACAGCCGAGGCCGAGAGCACUCUCUCCAAUGUUACCUCGAUCCACACCCAGCUGCAGUCGUCGCUUUACGAGACCCAGAACACGGCCCAGCUGAAGGCCUUGGGCAAACACUCGGCUUUGCUCCAGGAGCUCCAUCAGCGGCAGGCGGCUCCCAGGCGCAAUUCUGCCUCCGCUGAUGCUGCUGCUGCAACCGGCUCUGGUGGAGCCAAAACAGCCACCAUACUCGUUUCCAAAUCAAAAACCAAAACUGGGCUGCCCCUGUUGCUGAAAAAUUCCAUUAACAAUUAGAAAAAAUCGAAGAGAAAGGCGACGAAAGAGAAUUUAGUCAGUGGCAUUUUUGUAAUCUUUAUAUUGGUAGUUUGUAUACAAGGACAGCGCUAGGAGAAACCCUUAUCCUUUCCCUUCCCCUUUCUUUUAUAUAUAUAUUUUUUUUUCUCAUUUAUGUGUUUUAGCGUCUUUUGGUGAAUUCGAAUCGAAUGCAGAAUAAACCUAUGCCCAGUAUUUUUCGACAAAAUUGUUCGCGUCCUUGUGGCACUUAUGUAGGUCUUAAUCGAUUGAUUCUCGUGUGCAUUAAAGUGCAAUAUAUUUAUAUCUAGUAUAUAUAUGCAAUGAUGAUAUUACGUGCUCAUACACUUUCUGCUGAUUGUUAAUUAAUUUUUAAUAAGAGCUUGCUAACGAAUACUCCCAGUAACCUAUUUUCCCAAAGAAGAAGAAUCAAGCAUUUCUGUCGAACAAGUGUCACAAAGAUUAUUUUGUAAAUGUGCUCGAACUUUUUAUAGUAUUUUUAGAAGGAAUCUUUAGAAACUUUUGUAUUCUCUAAAUCUUAGACUUAACAUUUAAAUGAUUAUUUAUUGAAAUGUAUUUCGACCCCAUUCGAUCUAACAACUCCCCCACAAUGCUCCCGUUUAUUGCAGUUAUGCACUGAUUUACUAACAUUAUACAUGAUAUUUAUAAAUAUAAAAUUUAACGUAUGCAUAACUAACAAUGACUUAGACGACGAACACACUAAGAAACCAAUAUUGAGUAUAAAGCUAAAAUAAACGAAGAGAAACAUUUUAUAAAUGGAACGAAAUCCAAGUAAAACACGAGACUAGCAAAGUAAAUUAAAAACAAAAAUGAAACAGAAAACAGUCAAGUAUGUGCAUCAGUGGACAACUAGUAUAAUACAUUAACAAAUUAUUACAAUUAAUUUAUAUUUAUCGAAUCGAAUUAAAAACGCAACUCGAAUGAAGCCAGCAGAUAAUACAUAACAGCAACACAAUCUCCGAAACACAAACACCCACUAAACGAAACGGUUAUGAAGCGGUAAUUUCGAACGUUUGCGGUUAUAUUCAAGCCAUAUUGUUAUGCACUUGCUGCAUAAAUAACCCAGUUGAGAGCAAAUAAGAAUUAAUAACGAAAAUGAAAAUGUUGAACAUACAAAUUUAGCAGUUAAAAGUAAACAACAAAUGAAAAUAUACAUAAAUAAAUAAAUAUAUGAAAUAAAUUAAAGUCAAA